AUGGCACAUCUGACAAUUCUGCGCACUUACGCCGAACGUGUCGACCCCAACACGCUCCCGCCGACCGUGAAAUUAUGCCACUCCGACUUCUCGGUCACGAUAUUCGACAAGUACCCCAAGGCCUACUUCCACUUCAUCCUGAUCCCCUUCAUCCGCCCGCCGCUGACCGCGGCGAACCUCAAAGACAUCCGGUCGCUCCUGCAGCUCCCGCGCGAGCAGGCCAAGGGCCUGCUGCGGAACAUCCGGCGGGACGCGCUCGAGGCGAAGGCGCUGAUCGAGGAGGAGAUGGUCAAGCAGCGCGGGUUCAAGUGGGGGAUACAGAUGGGCUUCCACGCCGUGCCUUCGCUGGAGCACAUACAUCUGCACAUCAUGUCGACCGAGUUUCGCGGGGAGUACAUGCGAUCAAAGAAGCAUUUGAAUUCAUUCCAUCCAACGGUCGGCUUCUUCAUACAUCUCGACGAUGUACUCUCUUGGUUCGACCCCGGCGUGGAGCCAACGUGGUUUGCCAUGAAAUCGGAUAUAGACAAGAAGGAAUACGAGAAGCUCCUGAAGGAGGACAUGACUUGCCCUGGGCACUGUGACAAGCCGUUCAAAACGAUGCCCAAGCUGAGGGAACAUCUGCGCGAAGUCUUUGACAGCGCCGCCAAGGCGUCCAAGGCAGCGAAGGAGGCUGCUGCCUCAGCCGAUGUUCCGGUCAGUGGUGCCCCCGAAGUCGACAAUACGCAAACGGACGAUGCGGAGUUCGUCGUCGGCACGAAACGGAAGCAUGGAGAUGCUCUCGAUGCGACCUCGUCGCAGGAUGCUGACCCUCCACUCUCAGAUGCACCGCAUCCAGCCAAGAAGCAGGCGACAGGGUCCCCUUCAGAACAUCUACCGCAGGACCUUUGA